GAGAAAAAAUUGUAUGUUAUAAAAACAAAACUUUUAAUUUUAAACCUAGAGCUUGGUGCGCAAUAAAUGAUAUUAUUUUUUAUGCUUCUUGAUAAUUCCUUGGAAUAUAAGGAUAAAAGUAGACAACUCCUUGAAAAUAUUUGCAAACCCCCUGCUGCUGCCAUUGAAAGCCUGGAAACUACUGAAGAGAAUUCUGUACUAGAAGAUCAAGCUAAGGAACUUGGAGAAUAAUGAUGGAUGUGACAGUGGAUUCUCAUAGGACAUCUUCAACUUUCUAUGGUGGCUUUGCUCCAGGAUCAAUUAUUAUGGGUCGAUACAACAUUCACCACACACUGGGCAGUGGGUCCUUUGCUACAGCUUACUUAGUGACUGAUGCCAAAGAUGCGGGACACCAGAAAGUCCUUAAAAGAAUUCCCUGUGAAGGUAUGAAGCCAGACGCCACUCUCCCUUCAGCCAGAGAAGCCAAGCUCUUGGGCAGCCUCAGACAUCCAUUUAUUGUCAGGUUCCUUAGUAGCUUCUUGGAGAAGGAGGAUUUCUGUAUCAUCACUGAAUUUUGUGAGGGUGGGGAUCUUCAGAAUCGCAUCCAGAAGCAACGAGAGAAAAGCCAACUUUUUCCUGAAGAACAUGUCAUGGAAUGGUUUAUUCAACUCCUUCUUGGGGUCAACUAUCUUCAUGAGAGGUUGAUUCUGCAUCGAGAUUUAAAGAGCAAAAACAUCUUCUUGAAGAAUGGAACAGUCAAAAUUGGUGACUUUGGAGUGUCCCGUAUUUUGUCAAUGCCAUCAGACAUGGCAACAACAUUCACUGGAACACCACACUAUAUGAGCCCAGAGGUCCUUGAACAUUAUGGAUACAAUGCCAAAUCUGAUAUCUGGUCACUGGGUUGUAUCCUGUAUGAGAUCUGUGCUCUCAGACAUGCUUACGACUCUGCCAACUGGAUAAAGCUUGUGUCCCAGAUUGUGGAAGGUCCGUGUCCUUCACUUCCCUCGCAGUAUUCAGCAGAGCUCAAUGACAUCUUGAAACGAGUACUGAAUAAGGACCCACAGCAGAGACCCAGUGCCAGCGAAAUUUUGCAUAUGCCGACUGUGGUAGACCAUGAAAAGGUUCUGUCCAUAUGGCUACAGGAAGCACUGCAUGAGGGAAGACAAGACUGUGGGUCUGAAGAUGCUGCCAGAAUUGCUGUAGAAAUGCAGGAGAAAUUGCAUGUAGAUAGCCUUCGCAUUAUGAGACAGGUGCAGGAAAUGGCACCACGCCAACGCAGGAGGAUUCGGAAGGAGGAGCAACAAGAAACACACAUGAAAAAGAUUAAGAGAGCAGUGGAUCGUCUGUAUAAAGAAAUGCACCCAAAAUCUGGCCAAAACAGAAGAUCUGAAAUAAACGGAGAUGAGGACGAGACACCAGCAGAUGUCAUACAUAUUUCAGAAGGCAGUUGCAAAGACUCUUGUAGUGACAGUGAAGAAGACAUCAGUGGGGAAAUAGAAGAUAAAACACUGAGUUCAGUACUUACCAUCUCUAUGCCACUUUCAGAAGAGCAGAGCAGCACUCUAAGUGCAUAUCAGAGCUGUCUGCAGCACUUUCUGGAUUCCAGUACCAAUGGAUAUGGAUUUGGGACAAGUGGUGCUAGCGUGUCUGUCUGCAAUGAGGAAGAGCUUGCAUGUCUCAAGCAAAUCUGUCUGCAGUGUUUGGGAGAAGAAGGAUUCCUGAAGGUUUAUGAAUACCUAAAACACAUCUACAGCCAGCAGGAUUCUGACUAUGAGGAAUCACAAGAACAGGUCAUUUUUGAACCACAAGAGAUGCGACUAUAUCCUCAACACUGCCAACAAGUUCAGCAGCUCCUGUUUUUGGAAGAGAGAAUGAAACACGAGAGUCAAUUUUCCUGGCUCUAGUUAUUUGGUUUUCAUUUCCGCUCUGGACAUUAAAUUGUCUUACUGAGUCUUCAACAUUUACAGUAACACUUUGGGGCAUAUUUAUUAUGCUGUGUAAAAAACGGCGAGAAAAUUCGCCACACAUC